CAUCGUUCAAUCACAUAUCUACGGCGUAUGCGGAAGAAAAACAAAAAAUGGUUGUGAAAUCCAGCGACUCUACGGAGCUAUGUGAAUCUGUCCCUGUUGAUUUCAUGAACGCAUCAAUGGGCAUCGGUGGCAUCAUGUACCAUAAAGGAGAAAUCAUCUCCGGACCGCUGGAGUCCCUUAUCGAUCUUUUGGUGCCGAAACGGGACGAUGACUAUGAUAAAGAAUUUGUGUUUUCAUUUCUGCUGUCGUCACGCUUGUACAUGCGGCCGCACGAAAUAUUUGGUGGUUUAUUGAAUUUGUGUCCGGAACACGAUUCCCUCGAGAAUAUUGUGCGUUUGCUGAAGACAUGGACGAAAACAUUUCCCUACGAUUUUCGGGAUGAACGGAUGAUGGCACACGUAAAACAUAUCGCCACCAGAUGUGCUGAGACUGAUUUGAACGAAACCGUAUCACAACUCUUGUGUGCCUUACUGAAGCGUCUCACAGACCUUGAACGACACGAGCAGUAUCUGAGAAGUUGCCAAAAUAUCGAUGGAGAUCCGACGGAGGGUAAUGCGAUUGAAUGGCCCUCGGUGCAUGUUGUUGCCCAAAUUUUGUGUCGAAUUGAACGUGGACUCGCCCGUCAUGUUGGUCCAGAAGAGUUUGUGCAGUGCAGUGGCAUCGUGUUACGCGAAGGCAAUGAUAAGAAGGACUUUGACUCGCCCUUAUACCCGAAAGAUCCACCUGGUUGUCAAGACCCCAAGAAAACGUGCAAUUUGGAGAGUUAUGUCGAGUGGUCGUCACGUCUCAAGUUGUUAGUAGCUAAUGAAAUUUUAAAGUGUCCUAAACUUAAAGAUAGACAUAAGAAACUAGAAUUAUGGAGUGGAGUUGCCCAAUAUUGCCUUCUAGUUGGUAACUACAAUAGUGCAACAUCCAUCUUGGAGUCUUUAGAAACGACGCCCAUCUCAAGACUGAAGGAAACGUGGAGCAGUUUAUCGAGCACCACCAGUCAGCAGCUCGAUUGCAUGCAACGCCAUGCCGAAGGUUGUGGUUCCCUCUGGAAAAAGCAAAGUCAGGAUCUCGAUCACGCACUAAAUCGCCAAAAAGUGGACAUCAAAGCGCUGAGUCAGGCAUCGACGCUCGUACGGAGCAAGUCAAGUGAAUGGGUUGUGAUACCAGUUUUCGUAGAUAUUGUGAGACUAGCACUGAAGGCACGCACAUCCUGUCUGCAAAGGCUGCCUAAUGGCGACAUAAAUAUGACCGCGUGUAAUCGCCUGGCAGCAGUUGUCGGGGCAUUCACUCGACACAUUCGAGAUAUCCACACGUCGCUGACGGAACCUGGCAACGAACACGAUGCCCUCUGUCAAUAUAUGCAAAGUUGCAAAUUGAUGAGCGAGUCAGAUUUGAUGCUGGCAUCCUUCGACUGUGAAGAACCAACGCAAGCAGAGAAACAAUUGUAUGACAUUAUUUAGUAUAGAACUACUAGAGAUUUAUCCUCAUUGUGUCGUAGAAACAUAAGUUUGAUUUUUGUCUCUUUUCUCAUGUAAAGUUAAAUGCAAUCCUAAAGU